CCCUUUUUCACCAAAAAUGUGAACUGGAUUUUCAUUUAUUGACAUCAGCCUCAGCAAACCUAACAGAAAAUCCUUGAAAACUCAGACUUUAGCAGAUGCUUUUUUGAGAGCCUUGCUGGACAUGAGGGGAGGAAUCUGCUAUUUGCUUCUGCUGGUUAUUGAUGCCAUUUUAUUUAUUGGUCAUGGCUGUACGUGUACGAACAGCACAGAAGAUUUUGGAACGCCCAAGCCGCCUCACCUCAUCUUCAUUAUGGUGGAUGACCAAGGUUAUGGAGACAUUGGCUAUCAUGGCUCAGACAUCCAUACUCCUGUGUUGGACCAGCUGGCAGCAGAAGGGGUCAAACUAGAGAAUUAUUAUGUCCAACCGAUCUGUUCACCCUCUCGCAGUCAGCUUAUGACAGGACGCUACCAGAUUCACACUGGACUCCAGCAUUCAAUAAUCCGACCACGUCAGCCCAUCUGCUUGCCUCCAGAUAUCCCCACCCUACCUGAACAGCUGCUUGAAGCUGGAUACGCUACGCACAUGGUGGGUAAAUGGCACCUGGGUUUCUGCAGGCCAAACUGUUUGCCCACAGGCCGCGGCUUUAAGAGUUUCCUGGGAACUCUGACUGGCAGUGGAGACCACUUCUCCUAUCAGAGCUGUGAUGGUGCUGAAGCUUGUGGAUUUGACUUGCAUGACGGAGACAGACCUGCCUGGGAGAUGAGCGGGAAAUACUCCACUUUUCUCUACAUAGAAAGAGUGAAGCAGAUCCUGAGGAACCACGACCCCGACAAGCCGCUCUUCCUUUACUUGUCACUUCAGGCUGCACAUACGCCCCUGCAGGUACCUACCCAUUUUCUGCACCACUAUGAUUCCCAGAGCAACCGUAACAGACGCCACUAUGCAGCCAUGCUGAGCUGUCUGGAUGAUGGAAUUGGACAGCUGGUUGAGGAACUGAAGAUUGGUGGAUUUUAUCAAAACUCUGUACUGAUCUACUCAUCUGACAACGGUGGGCAGCCACUCUCAGGAGGGAGCAACUGGCCGCUGAGGGGCGGCAAAGGAACCUACUGGGAAGGUGGCAUCCGGGCUGUGGGCUUUGUACAUAGUCCUCUCCUGAAGAGGAAGGGUGUCGUGAGCAAAGCACUCAUCCAUGUCUCUGACUGGUUCCCCACGCUGCUGGGGCUUUCAGGGGCCCUGCAGUCCCGCCAUGGUCUUGACGGUCAUGAUGUUUGGGGUAGUAUCAGCGAAGGCCUGCCCUCCCCUCGCACCGAAAUCCUUUUCAACAUCGACCCGGUGUCCAGAAAACCCGAGGAACCGUAUGAAAAGGCACUGGUACUCAACGGCUUUGGGAUCUGGGAUACAGCCGUAAGGGCUGCAAUAAGGGUUGGUGACUGGAAGCUAUUGACAGGAAACGUGGGUGACGGAGACUGGAUACCACCUCAGGCAUCUUCCGGAGGUCCAGAGCGCUGGAAGAAACUUGAAAAGCGACGCAAUGAGCUGGGGAAAUCGGUGUGGCUCUUUAAUGUUAGUGCAGACCCGUAUGAGAGGUUUGACCUUGCAAAGGCUCGGCCAGAGGUGGUGAAACAUCUGCUCAUUAGGCUGGCUGAGUACAACCAGACAGCUGUGAUGGCUAAGAACCCCCCAGAUGAUCCUAUGGCCGACCCAGAGCUCCACGGAGGGGCGUGGAGCCCCUGGCUGGGCCUGGAGGGGCAAGAGAAAGAUAAUGAAGAGGAUGAUGGAAGGAGAGAAAGGGUGGUGAAAAUGAAACACUGCAAAUUAUGCAAAUUAAGAGCCCUCUUCAAGAAGGUUGGGUCACGCCUGGAAAGGAAUACCCUAUUCUAAAUGUUUCUUUUAGCAGCAUUAAUUGGAUUCAAAUAUUUAGUAGUUCAUACGAGCAGAAUGUGUACUAUUUUGAAUGACCAAAACUAACAAAAAGGCUCCCAAUAAUGCCAGCAAGCUUGCAUUGAGUCGUGGCAUAUUGUCAGAUUUUGACAAUUGGAAAAAAAAAGCAGAACAACAUCAGAAGUCUUUGGUCUUAAAUUGAAAACUUCAUCCAUAGGAAAGUGAAAGAGUGACAAACAAAACGUACAGGUCAGCCAGAGUGCAUACAAGUAAGAUAGACCCACAAUCAGAUUGUGAGGGUCAGCAGAUGAAUAGGCAGCCUGACAGACAAGGACGACGGGGUUGUUGCCGGCUGAGCAAGCUGACUCACACUCUGUCAUGUGGCCAAACUGCAGCAGAGAUUGUUUGCUGUGUCUGGACUGCACAGAGACCAACGUGUGAGUGUGUCACUGUGCACUUAUGCCGUAUUCAAGAGGAAUUAGAUUCAUAGAGAAAGCAUGCAUGCAUACAUGUGAAAACAAACCUCAAGUGACCUCGAGAAGUCUCCUCUCUACAAUGGCGUAAAGAUACCCACUGGGGUGAUUCAAAUGUCACUUUGUUAUUUUGUUGUUAGGGGUUAUACAAAUACACUAAAGCCCACAGUGUCUAAUUUGGCCUUUGAAAGACCCCUGACUGCAACACAAUGUCUAGUCCAAGCAGCAGUGACUAACUUGCCAAGGAUCAGUAGAUGACACUGUCGGUAUUUUCUGUACAUUUAGAUGAAACCAAAGAUAUUUGUUAUUAAAUGCACAGAA